AUGCAAGAUAAUUUGCAAUGGUAUUCUGAUUCAGGAAACUGUGAAAAUUCUUCACAUUCAGAAGGUAUCAGAGAAUUCAAAAAUAAUUGGAAGAACUGUGAAGAUUCUUUACAAUCAGAAUUAUGUGACAUGAAGGAAUUUAAAUCUGAUCAAUAUGAUGAAGUUAUUGCCAAGUUAGAUAAAAAUAUAAUUGUGGAAUAA